CUUCUCUCCUCUCUCUUCACGUCUUUGCCCCAGUCUUCUUUUGGUUGGCAUAGCAUCAAUAAUAUAUAAACUGCACAAAUAAAGUGCGGCUAUUUAAAAUCUGCUCUUUGACAAUGUGAGAGCCAAGAGCUUUAAUUCGGCCAUUGAAGGUCUAAUUCUCUUCUAAUCAUGAAAGGCACUCUUCUGUUCGUAAUAUUGCUUCAAACAUGGAUCAGUACGGUUCAACUGUGUCCACAACACUGUUCAUGCAAACCAAUUGGUGCUCAGGCCGAGUGGCUACGUCUUAAAUGUACUGAUAAUUUACAAGAAAUCAAUGAUGUGGAUAUUAAUGCAGUCAGCGUUGAACUUGUACAACUAGACUUUAGCAAAAAUAAUAUCUACGUCAUUCAAGCAGAUGCAUUUGUAAAUCUAACAAAUCUCAAACGGCUUGAUUUAUCAAAAAACAAGAUUAAUUCUAUAGGCGAAUAUAGUUUUAAUGGCCUAGAAAAUUUGGAGAAACUAGAUUUAAGCCAGAAUCAGAUAUCAACGAUAGACAGUUAUGCAUUCAAAAAAUUACCAAACCUCAAAAACUGUAAUGAUUUGUCUGGAAAUAAAAUAACUACUCUGGCGCCAUUCUUAUUUGAUAAUUUGCUGACCUUAGAUCGCUUGAAAUUAAAUGGAAAUAGCUUAACUACCUUGAAAGAAGGAACAUUUCAUGGACUUAAAACGUUAAAACAGCUAGACCUAUCCAAUAAUCCCUGGAAUUGUAAUUGUGAUCUAUAUUGGAUCAGUAAUUGGAUUUCCAAUUCUACAAUUAAAUUGAAUUCAUCGCCAGCAUGCGCCUCGCCUGUAGGUGUCAAAGGACAACUUCUGAAGAAAUUAAGAUUUUCAGAAGAGCUUCAAUGUCAAUGGAUAUCACCAGCAAUUGAAAUUCGACCAGUGCAAAAUCAAGUAGUUUUUGCUGGAGAUUCAAUUACAUUAAAAUGUAGAGCGCCUAGCAUUACAGUAGACCACAGUGCUAGAUUAAAUUGGUUGUGGUAUCCUAAUGCUUCCGCUGAAAUCGUGGACCUGAGUGCUUACAAGGAUCCGCGAAAGAGUUUACCCAACAUUAAGAUUGACAACAGAUAUCUUUCGGACAGCGGCAUUGUAGACAGUGCUCUUAGUAUAGUUCCGGUUAAAGAGGAACACAAUGGACAAUGGAAUUGCUUAUUGGUUUCCGUAAACGGUAACAAGUCCAAGGCAGUCAGCGUAAUUGUGAUAUCCGAGCAUACACGUUAUUGUCCUCUAGCAGUAACAAGAAACAACAAGGGCGUUUAUACCUGGCCGAAAACGAUAGUGGGAUGGAAAGCAGAACUACCAUGCGAAGGCAGUCGUUUAUUGCAAACACCUUUAACAGCUUCUUAUCACUGCAACAUGACUGGUCAGUGGGAACACUUGAAUACGGAAUUAUGCCCGUAUGUCUCUCAUACGACGAAGAUCUUGGAGCAAUUUUCGAGAGUAAAUCUAUCCCUAGCGAGGAGUACUCUGCUGGAAACUGUAAAGAGAUUUAAGAAUUACACGGGAAACGGCUCGGUAAAGUUAACAGAUCCGGUUGAGAUCCAUUUCAUAGUACGAACCAUAGAGAAUUACUUGAGCUUCUUGAUGGACGAGAAGGAACUCGGAAUCAUGCUGAUCGACGUCGUCAGUUCGAUGAUGAAAUUGUCGAAAGAAAUGUUGAAGAGAGCGGAAAUAAGCUUCAAAGCUUGCACCAGACUGAUCAAAACGAUCGAACGUAUAACGGAAUUUACACCGUCCAUACAAUCUCACACGAAACACUUAGCGCUCGAAGAGUUUCGAGUUAGGCGCGACAGUUUUGGUGGAUUAACGUGCACGUGGUAUACAAAUAUUGUCGUGAAUGCCGAUUCAGACGCGAGAUUUUUGCACUGUACAACGAUUAACAGAACCAUACCGAUUGAUACGAAGGACAAGAUGAUAGAAGCUUCUAUUCGGUUGCCUGCCUCUUUGCUGCAACGUGCACAAGAUAGUGUGAUAGCUCAACAGCUCAUGAUAUCCAUGUUUAGCGACAGCAGAUUAUUUCCCAAGAUAAUUUCAAACGAUAGCAUGGACAUAUCAACAUGUAUUGUUGGCAGUAAACUAAUUGGUGCAUCGAUACGAAAUCUUUCCGAACCAGUUUACGUCAUGUUGAAAGCACCGUUGUAUUAUUACAACGGGAGAAGAGUACCGAUACCAGUAGUAUGGGACGAAACGUUGAACGAUACUGGAGCUUGGACUAGCGAUGGAUGUCGGUUGAAGAAUCUCUUGAAUAAUUUGAUAGUCUUUCAUUGCAACAGAUUAGGUUAUUAUGGACUUUUGCAGGAAGUUUCGCAUCUUGAUAUAAAUGGAAAUAGCAUGCAUGGAGCGAAAUUCAGAUAUUCACACCCGGCGAUAUACAUAGGAAGUUUUGUGACGAUAACGUGCUUGAUGAUCAUGUCCGUGACGUACAUUAUUUCUUAUACAUCCAUCACAAUGCCUAAAAAAGCGAAACAUUCUGUUAUCAAUACCUGGUUCACCAUGGCACUACUAUCAUUUCUAUACAGUAUCGGCAUUCAACAAACCGAACACCUCGAGAUUUGUCAAGGCGUCGGCCUCACUCUACAUUAUUUGUCUCUGUGUUGUUUGUUAUGGAUGGCAGUAUCUGCCAGCAAUAUGUACAAACUGGCGAAAUCAGGCCUCGAUGUGAUACCUGACGAUGAUGUGGAUCCUGAUCAACCUCUACCCAAGCCCUUGUUAGGACUGUACCUGGUUGGAUGGGGUGUGGCCUUAAUAAUCUGCGGAAUCUCCGGCGCGAUCAAUUUGCGCGAAUACGCCGGCUACUCUUAUUGCUUCCUUACGUCUGGACCUGGGCUCGCUGCGCUUUUCAUACCGUCCGGAAUCUUAAUCGGGUACCUGCUGAUCUUCCUCUUGCUCAUCAGACGUGCCAUUCAGAAUGUCGAUGUAAACGCGCAAUUAUCCGAAGGCACUCAGGCAACGGAGAACAUGGAUUUGGAAUUGUUGGAGCCGAAUCCAAAUCCUUCUGGGGAUAGAAACAGCGUGCGCAGCGCGCAGACAGUUUCUUCCGACAUCGAAGAUCCGGAACACUCGCAAUUUACACAGUGGAAAGGCCAAAUUGUCAUGCUAGUAUUAUACCUGAUAUCCUGGGCCAGCGCAGCUGCAGUGACGGUGAAGCCGUUGAAUUCCAUGCCCUUCGAAGAGACCAUAUUCGCGGUGAUAUACACCAUUAGCGUAAGCUCGCUUGGUAUGUUCGUCCUAUUCUUCUACGGAAUCGCUCGCAACGACGUUCGCAACCAGUGGUUAAAGAUGCGCUGCUGGCUGGAGAAGCGGAAAAAUCGUUGUUGCCGCACCAGAAGCGUGUGCGACGCUAAUGCCGCGAUUCCGACGCAGCCUCUGGUGCAAAACCUCGUCCCACCGUUGUCGAACGCGCAGGCCGCUCAAGCGAUAUCCGAUACGAAUUCCGUGGCUUCAUCGAGGAACACCAGCCAGUCGCAACAGAUGUACAACUGCUCGAAACUCGCAGAUUUUGUGGCCGCCAGCCGAGACAGCGUGACACCCGCCGUUCCUGUCAGCGCGAAGGCAGCCAAUCUGAUAGUCUUGCAUCGUCAACAGUAUCGCUCCAACAAUUCCGUCACCACAUACACCGAGCCGACGUCGGCCUGCGUGGAAAUGUUCUACAAUCCUCAUCAAAGCGGCGUCGCCAGGAAGUUCUUCAAGAAACAACGUAGACACUCCGCGAAGAAGAAUAAUCUCGGUCCCAGGAAGCAGGGCGACGGCGGGGCGACAAGCGACGGAGGCAGCUGCGUUUCCAUACCCCGGCCUACGGCGAAGAUCAACAAUAGCCUGGACCGCAGCAUCCUGAGCAGCAGCGCCAAAGUGAACAACACCAAUAUACACGUCGAACUGAACCCCAUAAACGACGUUAAGAACGUAAAUAUAUUAUCGGAUAGCGGUGGCAGCAUCUCCGAGGAGAGAAACAUCCCGAUACGCUUUGUCAUCGGCCAGGAGAAUCUGUUGCGUAGCAUCAAGAAGAUCAACAACGGCAGUCCUGCGCGGCAGGACAAUUCCGUUUCGAUAGAAACGUCGCAACCGAAGAGACAGACGGACUCGGACGCGGAUGUCUCGAAGACAGAUGAGGAGUGGCACCUGCGGAACGUCUCUCAACAAUGUAGCCUGGAAUACAGCUCCGAGAUGGACACGCAGAUGACCAGCGAACGAAGCGAUCACAACCUGCCGGAGAUCUGCGAGAGCGCAGAGGAGUGUUUCUCGAAGAAGAGAUACUCCGGUGACGCAAAUGAGGUCGAAGUCGUUUCGGAGGAACGUCUUACAGCGAGACGGUUGUAUCUCUCCAACAGUAUGUACUGCCUACCGUUGGAGCAUGAGAGACCCUUAACAAGCAGUUACUGUAACUCGUUAAACGACAUUGUACAGCAUCGCGAGUACUCCAAGGCGUCGCUUACAGAUGUACAGAAUGCAAUCGGUUCGAAUCUGUGCGGACAAGAAGUUCCUGAAUCACGACGAUCGUUCGAUCGUUCGGAACGUUCGCUCUUCGAGAUAAACAGCCUGGCUAGUGAUAAUCCGUGUACAUUGACACCGCAGGCAGAAACUCCCUACGCCUGUUCCCUGGCGAAUAUCCAUUGCAUCUCCGACAAAAGUUUGGAGGACAAUCUUUGCGAGGAAUCGCAAACGUCAGAUGUAGUAGAUAAUAAUGUGUUUAACGUACCCGAGUCGAAGGAUCUUUUAUUAGAAAAGAAUUUCGAUUCUCUCGCUGAUAUUCCGUCAAUUAGUAAAUCCAGCUCGCACGAUAUUAAUAAUUUUAGUUUAAUCAAUGAAACGAGCGCGUGUUUGGAGCCUAGAAAGUCGUGUGAUAUUCAACAGUUCGAAGCUAAUGAGAUCUAUUUGCAUGAACCAGUGAGUCAUUUGCCUGUUAAAAAAGAAACAAGCGUUUAAUGUAUAAUAAUUUCGCUCACUUCCUACAACGACGUGUUUAUUUUAUUUAUUUUUUUUUGUUUUUCAUAACUUUAUGUAUGAGAACUAGCACAUUUGUGUCAUUUGUAUUAUACAUAUACGAAUUAAUUUCUACUAAAACUGUGUUCAAUAAUGUUCCGAGCAUUAAAUAUUUGUAUUUUUAUUAUUUAUAUCACGCAUUUUAAAAA